GUUGGCUCGCGUAUUUCGCGUUCGUCGCUCGCCGAGUCCACACGUGCUGCUGCUCCCGGUCGUGAUCCGUGAUCGUGAUCCGUGAUCCCCCAUCCAGUGUGCACCAUACACACACACACUCGCCAAAAACCAACCAAAAAAAAAGGAAAAGAAUAAAAUAAAAAAAUAAAAUAAAAUAAAUAAGAUAAACACCCAAAGUGCCCACGAGUGUCAGUGCAUAUUUUUUUGUUGUUGUUGUUGCCGCUGCCUGUUACCGUUACUUGCUUAAGAGCAAGACACCAAGAAAGAGAUAGAACGGGAAGAGAGUAGAGAAGAACCAUUCCAGUGAAAGCCGGGAUUUCUCAAAAGCACGGAAACAUAAGGAGUCCCCAACAGCCGAGAUAGAUCACGUAUUACACACACAGCUGUGUCUUGACCUUCGGAAAGAUUACUCUUUAUCGAUCCGAUCGCCACGCCCACAGCGCCAUUAUGUGGAGCCCACAGAAAGGCCCUACACGACUGUGGGACCUUAGGUUUAGUAGCUGUAUAUUUAUCUUACACUUAAUGUUUAGUUUAGUCAUAGCUGGUAAUGAACUGUGGCCAAUGGAGAGGCCAGAUGGCAUGCCCAAUAUCGUUUCGCUGGAGGUGAUGUGCGGCAAGGAUCACAUGGAUGUCCACCUCACCUUUUCGCAUCCCUUCGAGGGCAUUGUCAGCUCCAAAGGACAACACAGCGAUCCGCGAUGCGUUUAUGUGCCGCCUUCGACGGGAAAGACUUUCUUCUCCUUCCGAAUUUCUUACUCUCGUUGCGGCACCAAACCGGAUUUGAAUGGACAGUUCUACGAGAAUACGGUGGUGGUGCAAUACGACAAGGAUCUGCUGGAAGUCUGGGACGAGGCGAAGCGAUUGCGCUGCGAGUGGUUCAACGAUUACGAGAAGACCGCCUCCAAGCCGCCAAUGGUUAUUGCCGAUCUCGAUGUCAUCCAACUUGAUUUCAGAGGCGACAAUGUGGACUGUUGGAUGGAGAUCCAGCAUGGCAAGGGUCCUUGGGCGCCACCAGUUAGUGGGAUCGUGCCACUGGGCUCCACUCUGACCCUCGUGGUGGCCAUCAAUGACUAUCGCGGCGAAUUCGACAUGCGCGUAAAGUCCUGCGUGGCCUCCGAUGGUUCGGGUCAUGUGAUCAAUCUCUCGGAUGAAUUUGGAUGCGUGCUGCGACCCAAGAUGAUCUCCCGCUUCCUGAAGGCCCGUGCUCCCGACGAGAGGGCCACCGUGAUCACCUACGCCUUCUUCCACGCCUUCAAGUUCCCCGAUGCGCUGAGUGUCCACAUCAAGUGCAAGGUGGAGAUCUGUCGCCAUGGCUGCCUCGAUCACUGCCAGAAUUCGGGAGGCGGUUCCGGGGAGUCACUGGGCCAUGGACUGGGCUUGGGCAUUGGAUUGAGCAAUGCCAACGAACGGAAGGACGUCCACAUGUCGGAUGCCAUGGGCAGCAGUAGCAACGAUCUGCUGAGGGAUCUGGCACUGCCACCUGGUGGCCAACAUGGCAUGGGAAUGGAUCACGAUAUAUUCUACGAGGACAUCAUCCACGAUCACAAGCAAACGCUGGGCGGCGGCGGUGGGUCACCGAUGGGCGGGGAUUAUGGUCACGAGAAGAGCGUCAAUCUGCAGCCACGUCCCGUUCACGAGGAGCAGGAGGAGGCGGAUCUCUCCGAUUUGUUUGGCGAUGAAGACCUCGCCGACUUGGACAUGGACGGAGGCGAGGGGGAACGCUAUUUGGGACUGAAGAAGAGUGGCAAGUUCCCGCAUGGUCCGCGGCAGCUGGAGGCCCAAAAGCGCAUGGGUGUGCCGAUGGCGGGUCCGCGCUCCCUGGAACCCCACAACCAGGAUGAGGACGAUGUGCCGCGACCAGUUUACAGACCCCAAGCGGAGGCCCUCAAGAAACCACGCGAAGAUCACAUUGAUUUGGACAAGGAGGAAGUGGCGGAAGAGCAGGAAAAGAGGAAGAAGAAGGAGGAGGAGGGGGAAGUGGAGAAGAAGGAUGAUGAGAAGCCAGGUGAAGGCGAAGAUGGAGCGUCCAGGAGUCGUCGCCGUCGUUCGUUGGUCAUCUCCGAUCGGAAAGUUCGCAGUGCCGAUGUGGGAGUUAGCGGCUUAUACGAUGUUAUAUCCGAAGCGGACUUGGCCUUCUCGCCGGACUCCAAGCAGGAGGCGGUCACCGUGUUCCAGGGCAAGAUUAGCGAGGAGGUCGUCUACGGUAUCUGCAUGCCAGUUCCCGGCUUCAGCAUCCUCUUCAUCGUUGUCAUCUCGGCCACGAUUGUGUCCGCUUUGGUGGCCGGUUCUCUGCUGUAUCGCUAUCAGCUGCAAAAGGAGGCGUUGGACAAGCAGACACCCAUGCCGGUCACCGGCACCCUGGCCUCCUGGAUGACCUUGAGGCUCUUCCGACUGCGGCACUUGCAACAACAGCAACAGCAGCAACAGCAACAACAGCAACAACAGCAACAACAGCAACAACAGCAACAGCAGCAACAAGUGAGGCAGCCGAGUUCAGGACACGAAACAGUUCAGUGAUCAAUUUAACCAGGAUCAGAGAUGAAAAACAAAAUCGGAAUUGAAUAUCGAAGUGAAAAUCGAAAUCGAAAAUGGAAACGGAAAAUCGAAAUCGAAAACGUAAUCGUAGAUGGAAAUCAAAAUCAAAUCACGUUGCCCACAUCUAAUGCCUUCCAUUAUUAUUUAUUUAUUAUUGAUUAUUGUUUUUUUUUUUUGGAAUAUAUAUUGGGUUGUUUUCGUUCAGGAUCCAGACAAAGAGACAAUGGUGCAGAUAUCGGAUUUUUAUCAGAUAUCAGAGAUCGGGCAACAAUGCAAUACUCGAACUGCUCGUUUCGGUGCUGAACGUUCUACAUAAUUUUUUUUUUUUGCAACUUGUUUUUUGGGUGCAUUUAGUCGUUAAAUUGCAUAGAUGAAAAUAUUAGAUGAAGGAACAAUGGAAAAUGGAAAUACAUAAAUGAAUAUAAAAGGUAUAUAAAAGGUAUAUAAAAAGUAUAUAAAGAGUAUAUAAAGAGUAUAUAAAAGGUACACAAAGAGAGAGAUACACAAAUACAAUGAAGACUCCGGACAGGUGCUCCAGGUUUAAGGAGUUGGAUGCUAUAUCGCAUCCACUUAGGCAUAAGGGAACUUAUUUAUUUAUACAUAUAUCUAUUAGCUAUACAUACGAGAUUUAGCUGUAAGCCGAUUAAUGGUAUGGAAAUCGUAAAUGUAAUCACUUUCGUUCUUUUUUUUUUUGUGUGUGUUCUCUUUGGCAUCGAAACAAAAAAUAUUUAGGGGAAAAUUAGUUAAAUUCUAUAGCUUACAAAUUCGUUUAGAAAAUUCUCAUACUCACACAUACACCCAUGCGAAAACGCACUUACUCACGCACACAUACAAGCCGACUACCAUUUUUCAUUGAACAAAUAAACAACAGAAAAUGCAAUUUCUUGCGUGCAUAUUUAAAUUUAAGUGGACACUUUGUAACUGAAAAAUUGACAUAAAUAAAUGAAUAAAGUCUAUUUAAGUUGAAAAUAAUAAAGCCAACAAUCA